AUGUCUACGGGAAUCCCAGAAACUUAUACUCGCCUCGUCUUGGACAAACGUCCAGAGGGUCCCGUCACGUCUGAGACGUUCAAGAAAGAAACGCUCAAGUCUGGGGACCUCAAGGCCUCAAUGGGUCCCACCGAUGUCCUCGUCUCGGUCGACUAUGUCUCGCUCGAUCCUGCAAUGCGCGGCUGGCUCAAGAAUGAGCGAUCCUACAUUGCUCCCGUUGAAAUCGGAGAGGUCAUGCGUGCUGGCGGCUUGGGCACUGUCGUCGCCGUCGGCAGUGAAGUGUCGGACAUUAAAGUCGGAGACUCUGUCUCUGGGGGACUAGGAUGGACCGAGCUAGCCAAACUGCCCGCAAAAUCUCUCCAAGUCAUCAAAGCUCCAACAGGUGGCGUUCCUCUCGACUUUAUGGGUGUUCUCGGUAUGACCGGUCUUACCGCAUACUUUGGCCUCACUGAGAUUGGCGAAAUCAAGGCAGGCGAAACCCUCGUCGUAUCCGGUGCAGCCGGUGCGACAGGUUCCGUCGUAUGUCAGAUUGGCAAGAUUAUCGGUGCCAAGGUCAUUGCCAUUGCCGGCUCGGACGACAAAUGCCAGUGGCUCGAGCAAGAAGUCGGCGUCGACAAGGCACUCAACUACAAGAGCCCAGAUUUCGCAAAGGAAUUUAAGCAAUCCGUUGGCUAUCUCGACGUCUACUUUGACAAUGUUGGUGGCGAAAUCCUCGAUCUAUGCCUCUCGCGCUUGAACAAGAAUGCACGGAUUGUAAUGUGCGGCGCCAUCUCUGCAUACAACGACACCAAACCGCGUGGUCUUCAAAACUACCUCUCACUAAUCGGGCAACGAGCUAAAAUGCAAGGCUUCAUCGUCAUGGACUAUGGUGCCCGCUUCGGGGAAGCACGUCAGAAACUCGCAGAGUGGCUCGCGGCCGGCAAACUCAAGCGCCGAUUCCACAUAGAAAAGGGACUCGAGGGUGCUCCUCAAUACCUAAAUCAUCUCUUUGAAGGCAAGAAUACUGGAAAGCUGUUGGUACAAGUCUCAUCCAGGGGAAACUCCAAGUUGUAA